AUGGCUCAGUCUCAGGAGCAAGCGCAGGAGAAGAAGCCGGGGAAGAAUAUGCUGUGGGGUGGGAGGUUUACUGGUGGGAUGGAUCCUCUUAUGAACACAUUCAAUGCCUCCCUUCCCUACGACCGCAUCCUCUAUGCCCAAGAUAUAGCCGGCUCGAUUGCGUUUGCCCGCGCCAAUAAGAACCGGGGGAUAUUGACGAGCAGCGAAUUCCAAAAGAUAGAAGAGGGGUUUGAGAAGGUGAAGAAAGAGUGGGAAGAUAACAGUUUCGAGGUUAGGGAGGCGGACGAGGAUAUACAUACCGCCAAUGAAAGAAGAUUGUGUGAGAUCAUUGGCAAUGAAGUUGGAGGGAAACUGCAUACAGGCCGAAGUCGCAAUGAGCAGAUUGCGACAGAUAUGAGGUUGUGGUUGAGGGAUGAGUUGAGGAAGAUUGAUCAAUAUCUAGUCGAUCUGCUGCGCGUGAUGACUAGUCGAGCGGAGAUGGAGAUUGAGCUUCUGAUGCCAGGUUAUACCCAUCUUCAACGCGCACAACCGGUCCGAUGGAGUCAUUGGCUGCUCAGCUAUGGCAUGGCCUUCGCCGCAGACCUGCAGCGGUUGCGGGAGACGAUUAAGAGGGUCAACAGGAGUCCGUUGGGCUGUGGAGCGCUGAGUGGAAAUCCGUUUGGUAUCGAUAGGGAGGCUAUGGCUAAGGAGCUUGGGUUCGAAGGACUGAUGUGGAAUUCCAUGGCUGCGGUCGCUGAUCGGGACUUUGCACUCGAAUCUAUACAAUGGUCUUCGUUCCUAAUGUCUCAUGUGAGCAGGCUAGCAGAGGACCUGAUCAUCCACUCGACCGCCGAAUUUGGGUAUGUGAAACUGAGUGAUGCAUACUCAACGGGUUCGAGCCUGAUGCCGCAAAAACACAAUCCGGAUUCUCUGGAGCUGUUGAGGGGCAAGAGUGGGAGGGUAUUCGGCCAGGCGUGCGGGCUGCAGAUGAGUAUAAAGAGUACGCCGAGUACAUACAAUAAGGAUUUGCAGGAGAGUGUGGAGCCGAUGAUUGAUUGUGUGAAGACGGUGGGGAUGAGUGUGCAGAUCUUGACAGGGGUGGUCAGUACGAUGAAAUUGCAGAAGGAGAAGAUGUGGGAUGCGCUGUCGCCGGAUAUGCUUGCCAUCGAACUUGCCGAGUUUCUCGUCCGGAAGGGAGUCCCAUUCCGAGAAACGCAUCAUAUUUCUGGCCGCAUUGUCGCGCUGGCAGAAAGCGAGGGCGUACCGAUGGAUAAAUUGUCUGUCCAACAAAUACAGAGCGUCGACGAUAGGUUUGAUGACGAUGUGAAAAAUUGCUUCAAUUAUGAAAGGAGCGUUGAAAUGAGAUCUGCGAAAGGGGGAACAAGCAAGGCGUCGGUAUUGGAGCAGAUUGCCGUGCUGAAGGACUUGCUUGAGUCCAAGGAUGCAAAGCUCGAUGCUUGGGGCAAGCAAUCAAAGGACGACGAUGGAGAUUUCUCAUGA